CAUCCUCGUCCAUCCCCAUCCCGAUCCCUUCUGCCUCCUACGCCUGUUCUGCUUGGGGAAUCUAUAUUCUAGACUAAAGAUAUACAAAUGAGCGGAUACGAUAGAGCUUUGUCGGUCUUCAGUCCCGACGGACACGUCUUUCAGGUCGAAUAUGCGCUCGAGGCCGUCAAGCGAGGAACCUGCGCCGUCGGCGUGAAAGGCGCAGACAUAGUCGUUCUCGGCUGCGAAAAGCGCACGGCAAUGAAGCUGCAAGACACCCGCAUCACGCCCUCCAAGAUCGCAGUGAUCGACCACCACGUCUGUCUCGCGUUCGCCGGCCUCAACGCCGACGCGCGCGUGCUCGUCGACAAGGCCCGCAUCGAGGCGCAGUCCCACAGACUCACGGUCGAGGACCCGGUCACGGUCGAGUAUCUGACAAAGCAUAUCGCGGGUAUACAACAGAAGUACACGCAGAGCGGUGGCGUGCGGCCGUUUGGAAUCUCGACCUUGGUCAUUGGCUUUGAUCCGAACGACAAGACCCCUAGAUUGUACCAGACCGAGCCGUCGGGUAUUUACUCUGCCUGGAAGGCCAACGCCAUCGGACGUAGCAGUAAGACUGUGCGUGAGUUUUUGGAGAAGAAUUACGAGGAGGAAAUGGAUCGGGAGGCGACAAUCAGAUUGGCUAUCAAGAGUCUGUUGGAGGUCGUCCAGACUGGCGCGCGAAACAUUGAAAUCGCAAUCAUGGCCGCAGGAAAGAGAAUCGAGAUGCUUCCCUUCGAAAGUAUCGAGCAGUACGUGAAGGACAUUGAGGCCGAGAAGGAAGCCGAGGCCGCAAAGAAGAAACCAAGAGGACAGACCAGUAGUAACUAAUCUGCUCUCUGUUUUCUUGAUUUGAUCUAUUGUAAUUCAUAUAACUACUUCUACGUGCUUGUUCUUGUGCUAGAAAAGCGCUGCUUGCGUGUUCUUCUGUAUGAAUAAGCUGGCUAAUUUGCCCAAACAAAAUAUAUCAAAGUGAAUGUAAAAAAUGGAAAAUAACCAUGCAAGUGCUAUA